AUGGAUUAUAGAUACUCGACCGAAAUUGACGCCCGCGCCUACAAGACCCACGGCCUUGAUGGUGGCAUCCCGCUUCGGGUCCAUGCGGAUCCUGACAAUAAAGAAAUCGUCGGUACGAUGCGAGCUCAAAGGGACUGGAAUCGUUACGUCCGACCUGUAGGGGGCUACAAGGGUGGACUGGGCGAGACAUUCAGCUUUAUGCGGGCGUGUGUGCCGGAGUGUCUCCCGGAGCGGCUGGAGGUUAUUUCGUACGCAAACGAAUUUGCCUUUCUCUAUGACGACAAGAUGGAGGAACUCAUAGAUUCGAGAACAGACACAUCUGCAGGAGAUGCCUUGAAGAAACAGUUUAAUGAGGGGUUGAGCGGUAUACAGCAUCUGCAAGCCAAGAAACUGCAGACACAGGUCAUCAAGGAGAUGGCCGCAAUUGACCCAGAGCGCGCAGUUACUACGAGAAAAGCAUGGGCCAAAUUCCUGCAGCUGGCGGCUGAGUCGCGGUCGCGGCCAUUGUACACCCUGGACGAAUACCUUCCCUGUAGAAUCAUCGAUGCCGGGGAAUUGAUUUGGUUCGGAACACUGACCUUUGGAAUGGCCCUUAGUAUUCCCGAUAAUGAACUUGAGCUCUGCAUGGAGCUCGCGCGACCGGGAUAUGCCGCAAUUAGUCUCACAAAUGACCUUUACUCGUGGAACAAAGAGCGCGAAGAGGCCCGGCGCGCGGGACAUGACUGCGUCUAUAAUGCGAUCUGGGUGAUUAUGCAGGAGCGCUCGGUUGGUGAGACGGAGGCGAAAAGGGCGUGCAUGACGCAGAUCAAGCACUAUAUCAAACAGUACUGUGAGAUUGUGGACAAGGCGCACAGCUGUGACUGGCUUUCUGAUGACUUGAAGACGUACCUGGAAGCAGUCAAGUUGAGCCAUGUCGGGAACUUGGCGUGGAGCAUUUGCUGCCCGCGGUAUCGUGUCAACUAG